UGGCGCUGCACGGCUGUGGGCGGCAGUUGUGGCUCCGUCUCUGAUAAUGCUCGCGAGUCUUUCUUCUAGUCGCAAAUCGGUUGCUCAAGUGUGCACGAGUCGCCCAAGACCCACUCUUCGAAGUAUGCGAGAUGGGCAACCUUCUGCGCUUGCUGUCCCGGGACGAUGCCCCGAAGUACGACGUGUUCGUGGACUUCGAAAAUGCCGAGCCUUCUGAAUCGGAAGAAGAGACCUAUUACUAUGUUCAAGAUGUACUGCAGCACUCCAGGGACAUCUUGCUGGAGCUACAAACCUACAAAGGUGCUGGCAACGAAAUCAGAGAGGCGAUUGCAAACCCUCGAAGCGAAGCUCGCCAGGUGAGGGCCUGGGAAGCCGUGCUGCCACUGGUCUCCAAGUUGAAGCAGUUCUACAUCUUCUCCCAGAGCCUGGAGGAGGUGGUCCCCCGAAUCCUGUGGGAGCUGUGCUCGGGGCCGCGCACGCCACGGGAGCACCUGGAGACCCAGCAGGCCCUGGUGAAGCAGUUUGCCGAGAUCCUAGACUUCGUGCUCAAGUUUGACGACCUCAAGAUGACGAAUCCAGCGAUCCAGAACGACUUCAGCUACUACCGCAGGACGGUUAGCCGGUUACGGCUAGCAAACCAGGAGAACAUAGAGGACGGGCUGGAGGUGCCCAACGAGCUGGCGAACCACAUGUCGCUGUUCUACGCGCAUGCGACGCCCAUGCUGAAGGUGCUGAGCGACGCCACGACCCGCUUCGUGGCCGAGAACAAGGACCUGCCUAUUGAGAACACCACCGAGACGCUGGGCACCAUGGCCAAGGUCUGCCAGCGGAUGGUCGACAACAGGGACAUUUGCACCAGGUUCAAGAAUGAGGAGACAAUUCUGUUUGUGCUGCGCGUCAUGGUCGGAGUCAUCAUCCUCUACGACCACGUGCACCCGCAGGGAGCAUUCACCAAGACAUCGCACAUUGACGUGAAGCGGUCCAUCAGGGUUCUCAAGGAGCAACCUCCCAACGUCGUGGAGGGAUUGUUGAACGCUUUAAGGUAUACAACGCGGCACCUCAACGACGAAUCGACACCGAGGAGCAUCAAGGGUUUGCUGGCCUGACCCACCGCUGUGCUGCGGCAGCGCCCCCUCCUCCCGCCCCAUCCCGCCUUUGCUGGCGUCGUCUGCUCCCCCCUGGGCACCCUUUGUUUCUUCAAAGGCGUCUUCUGCUCCUGCGCAAGCGUCUCCUGCUGCAGUGCAGGAGUCGUCUGCUUCCCGACAAUGCCCAGUUCCCUUCCCCCCGCCCCUGCAGUCCUUGCAAAGGGAAGUGACCAGGACCGAAUCCUGGCAACCACUGUUUGGGGAAUCGGGAUCAAACGAGCGCCCCGCGCCGAACACUCCCGCUAGCAUGCGUUGAGGGAAGCAUUCUUCCUUUAGAAGUCAUAUCCAAGUUUGUGUCAGCCACGAAGACGCGCAUUCAUACUCUUGGGCGACGAAAAGGCGUGGUUGGCAAACUUGCACCCUUUUUCUUUUCUUUUUGUUCGUUUUACGAAGGUGGUGUUGUCGGAAUUGUUUUAUUGACUCUUUUGCGCACCAUCAAUACAUCGACUAUUCGACUGCAGCGACGCUUUCGUCGUGCAUUUUUAAGGAACUACUUUUGUUGACACGCUUUGAGUCUCGACACUCUUGACCGGUUUCACUUUCGGAGGGCCUAUGUAUCUCUGCAGAUACCGCGACAGUCUCGGUAUUUUCACGCGUGUUGUCGCUUGGGUGUCUUCAGUCCGUGCGAUAACACUGUUCCGGAGCCCCGACCUUGUCCUGUUUAGCACCAGGCACUCAGUAUUUCAUAUUUCUCCUUGUCCGUGUAAACGUUUACAAGCCUGCCUUGUUUUUUAUGUUUAUGAAAUUGCAUGUUUACGGCACUCGUGUAUAUAUCCUGUUGAAUAUGCACCCUCACAUACUGUCAGUGCAGUUAUUCAUGUCACCAGUGUAAAAUGUUCAUGCAAGAGCUUGGUCUAUCUCUCGAGGUAUUGUCUCUGCCAAACAUUGCUCUUCUACCUGGAGUUAAUAUUAGGAAACUGUAAUCGUUCCCGCUACCCCAGUGACCGGUACACGCCCUCAUGAAUUUGAAUUUAAAGUUAUCUUAAAAAUAUGACGUUGGCAGAACGCGUUACUGCUGCCGUCUAAAGUCUAAAGACAGCUGUACCCCCUUAAUUUGGCAUGCCUGCAAAGGCUACCUGUUGUGUGGCUUUGGGAAAGUCAACUUUCCCAAUGCAUGGCUAUUCAGCAGAAGCAUGUUUAGAGGCCAUGGACUUGUUCUGUAGCUUUUGUUGUGCACUUUUGUCGAGGCGAAAUGAAGUGUUGUGCAACAUUUGCAAAGGAUGUCAAAGCGACAGCAUAUCGCUUUGUUCACGUAUUAUUACAUCUUCCACCACUAGGUAUUUUAAAAUUAAUAUAACAAAGGAUGUAAACUUCAUCCGUUCAGAUCAAACAAACUUUAGACUUGGCCCACCAUAGCAAGAAGAAUGGAUGAUUUUCCAGGGUUUUCGUUCAAUGUGUGUGCAUGUGUACAGUAGGCUGACGAACAAAUCUAGUUUAGUGAUAGUCUUUUGAGCAGUUUUUAGAGGAGCAUUGCUGCCGCUGCCAGAUAGAUUUGUUUCAUUCUGAAAUGUCUGCAAAAAAUGGCAGUAAUGCAAGACCAGAAGGGACGACUGACAAACCGGAUUUCGCAAUCCAUACAAACCUUUUGAUGGAAUGAGUCAUGUUUUCCACGAGUUUUAGCUUGAAUCUGAGCUCGGGACCAUUGCAGACCUGAAGUUGAUCUGUGGUAGUCAAUAUUGACAGAUGAACUCUGCUAGUUAGAUUAAUUAAUCAAAUUUACUUGAAGGGCAACUUGCUAGGCUUUUGUUAUUGAGAAGACAGUGCAGUUUUUUUUUUUUAGUGUAACUUGGUAAGUCCACAAACCAAAUAUUACUAUGCAAGUAUAUGUCUAAAUAUUAUUAAAAUGGUCUGGAAACUUGGAGAUGUAACAAUUAAACGAGAUCUCCAAAAAUUUGGUGACCAAUGCAAUCGGCUACAUCAGAGCAUUGUAGUUUUCAGCUCUUUGUUUUACUGGCACCAGCGAAGCGAUCUGCAGUGUUUCAAUGAACACUUGUGCGGCCGUGCAGGGAACAAGCGCACGCUUGUGGACCUUGAAGCUUGAGAUUUACUCUUACCGAUGUAGUGGUAAAAAGGCAGUCAAGGCAGUGAACUUUUGAAUUUGUAGAAUGCCGACAAGAACAAGUAAGAAUCUGAAGUGCUACUUUGGUUUUUGGGCGAAUUAGGUACCCGUGUUUGAGGCUAGCCCCAACCCGAAUAGCGAAGUGACCUUGUGAAAGAUUGAGAUGCUGCGAAGUCCUUUAUUUCUGUAGACUAUAUUCUGGGCAUUGGGUGCAGUGGAAAUGUUAAGAUGAUCUUAAAUUUCAACUUCACGGAAGACAUCUUCCCACAUUUUGGAGUACAUUCAUUUAUGCAUCAAUAUUUUUCAAAUAUUAUUUUCA